CAGCUCUACAGCCGGUUUGUGGGGUCGCGUUAACGUCGGCUCAGCGUCGCACACAGGAAGGCUCUGUUUCCGGUCUUGUUGAGCCGCAGGGAAAUGGGAGUGCGCCCAAAGAGUACCUUUGCCCGGGUGGAUCAUAUUGGGACGGCAGCCUUCGGCGCGCAAUUGCAACAUUCGGGCCGCCCACAACGCACGACUGGUUGACGCCCACAACGCAGCAUUCGGAAGAACCGGGACGCAAAAAUGAUCCCGAAGAUCCUCCUACGAAAGAACCGCAGCGCGAGCCUGUGCCGCCGGGCUGGGAUAGUGGCGGACUUUGUUUCGGAUGUGGAAGCCAAGAAGAGUUCGAACAACGUCUAAAGGACAAUGAUCGGAUGAGCUGGCACCUGUAUCCUGAGUAAAAACGUACCCACACCAGAGUCAGGAUGGGGAUUUUGCAACACAAACCUAUGAGUUUUGUGAGUCACGCAUAACAAGUUGCAGGCUGUAUUGUAGUGCAGUUUAGCAAGGGAAGCCGCAUAACAAAUCCACCUCCACCUCAUCCUGUUCACAGCAUCACAAAUUCCAAAACACGAUUGGAAAUGGCUCUCAUGGGGAUGCGCAUUACAAGUCUUCCUGUCUUUGCAAAUCUGCAUUACAACUCUGGCGUGGGGGCGUUUUUAUUCAGGAUAAGCUGCCCAUCAUGUUCGUGGAAAAAAAACCCCGUACGUCGGACGGGUGGUCCGUGGUGGAUGGGCCAAGCUUUAAGUACAAGCCGUCGAAUAUGGAUGAUGUGUCAGAGUUGAAAUCGACAAAGUUGAAAUAAUUUGUCAUGCAUAAAAUGGAUGCCAGUUGGAACCCAGUUUCUAAGUGGCGCAUGACAAAUUUUGGUGGUCCCUAAAGCCAGUUUGUGAUGCUGUUUAGGCAAAGAAGAGCGAUUUUCUCAUGCUACUUUAGCAGCUCGAGCUGUAACCCCAAACAGGCUUACAAUCGGCCUCACUUGCCUGCUCUGCAACGCACGCACCUCGGGUCAUGCAUUUUAUGCAUUACAAAUUAUUUCAACUUUGACGAUUUCAAACCUGACGCUUCCAUAUCGAGCAAGUGGAUGAAACACGCGAUCGCCCAGGCCACUAAAUUCUGGUCCAAAACCCCUCCGGGGCCUUUCGAGCAUUGGGUUGGACCCCUUAAGAUUGAAAACACGAACACGCACGAUAGUCGCGUGAAAUACGUCAUGAUUUACCGCUACCCCCUGAAGCAGAUCCAGGGGGCGGAGAAAGCACCAUCCUCGGCGAAAGCGUUGAAGUGGAUCAUAGAUCAUCAAAUGCCGGACGUAUGGUGAGCAAAAACGUCUCCACUCCAGAGUCAAGGUGGCACAGCGGCUAGACAAAUCGCUAGGCUUUGGCUGUUGCGCAUGACAAGUUCGUUCUUUGGGCCCGCAAUGUACUAGUCGCGUUUAGCUAGUGCAGCUGCGUGGUCACAGAUCAAGCCUACUAUGUGGAUUUGCAUUUGAGCAUGAUUGAUGACACAUCGCAAAACACCAAUAGAGACUGCCUCUCCUCGCGGGUCUUCGUAUGAGAAACAUUUUCAGCAUGCAGAAGGGCGUUACAAGAACUCUGGGAUGGGGACGCUUUUGCAAACAAUAGGCCGUGAAAAAAAUGACCGUGUCGCACGAGCUGGUCGAUAGCCACUACCAAACAGCUUUGCUUACCGAUAGCGUUCCCGAGUACCAGUGA